AUGGAAUUUACAAUUUUGGUUAUUGUGGUGCUAUUCGCAUUUGAGUCGGUGAUCUGCUAUUUACCGCCCAGUAUAAAGGUCUGUCACCUAUCCGAUCCUGAACUGGAUCGGUGUAUAAUCGAUUCCGUUGACCGAAUACGACCCAACAUUGCUUCCGGAGAUUUCGGUAAUGGCACCAAACUGCUCGCAAUGGAUCCGGCGUUCGUCCAGCGGCUGGACGUUGACGGGGGUCCAAGCUUGCAGGCCAGUUUUCAUAAUUGCACCGUGAUCGGAGCGGCUAGCUUUCGCAUCGACAAGUUACAUUUUGAUAAGCGAAAGAAAACGAUAAAAGUGCUGCUGUCGUUGGCAAUGAUGAAUCUGAGAGGCAAAUAUUCGAUGCGAAUGAAGCUCUCAAUGCUGCAACUUGAUGGAGCCGGAGAUUUUCAAACGAAUUCCUCUGACGUCAAAGUGCUGCUAAAGAUCCACUACACACCGGUCGAAAGGAACGCCGACGACGGUGCCGGCAGCCGGCGGCCGGGAAUACGCUUUCUUCCGGUCGACUUCAAGGUCAAGUUUGCCGGUCCGGUGCGAUUUAAUUUGCAAAAUUUGCUCAACGGACGACCGGAACUGGAUCAGGUUGCGAACGAGGCACUCAACCAAAAUCCGGACCUGCUGCUGGACAGAGCCAUCCCGCCCAUCCGGCGGUUCUUCUCCGACAUGUUUACAACCGUUGCCAACGGAGUGGUUCGGGAUGCCGAUUUGGAUGAGGUUUUCCCGCUGUGA